AUGGAAGAAUCAACUGAUGUUGUUGUAAACAAUAAUGAAUUUCAUAAUUUAUCAUUCUCUGAAAAGGAAUUGGUGAUGAAUAAAAAGUUUAUGGAAAUAAAGGAAGAAUGUCAAGUUACUCAAAGUGAAAUUGAUGCCGUAACCAAAGCUUCUAAACCAGUACCAGCUAGUGCUUUCUUAAACUUUUUUGGUACCUUUUUAUCAAAUGUUAUUGGAAAUAUACCAGUUGUUGGUCCACUUGCAGGAGCUAUGUUUAGUACUAUUUGGGGUGAAGUAUUCACAAGAAAUGAUGGUGCACCAGGUAUGCCACCUCUACCAAGAUUCUUAACUGCUGAUGAAUUCCAUGCUUAUAUGGCUGAGUUUAGAAGAGAUAUGGAAAGAUUAAUCAAUCAAAGAAUUGAUGAAUUAAUUAUUGCCACUAGUAAUUCAUUACUUUUGGAUCUUAAGUUUGCAUGUGAUAGAUGGCAUGAAGUUAUUGCAUGGUAUGAACAAGAUGUUGGUCAAGGUAGACAUAAAUCCAGUAUUCCACAAGAUAGAAUACCAGUUUAUCUUAAGAAGCCAUUACCACCAGGAUCUGAACAAUUCCGUUCUUGGGAAUUGAAUGCAAUCAGAGAAGAGAUUGUCAAUCGUCAUGGUCGUUGUAUUGUAGAGAUGAAUCGUUGUAUGAACUAUUUCACUACAGUCGGUGGCGGUAUUGAAAAUAGACAAUUGAUGGCAGGUCAUGUUAUUCAAACUUGUUGCUUUUAUAUUAUGAUCCAAAGGGAUGUCUACUUUAAAGGUUCAGAUUGGGGUUUCUUUAGACAACAAAUCAAUAUUAUUCCAUCGGAAAUCUCUAUAUUCAUUGAUAGAGCAUUCAAUAGUUUUUCUGCUAUUGCAAUGCCAAAUUUCAGAACUGGUACAUUCUUAAACGUAAUUAAUACACCAGAAUUGUACAAUAUCUAUUCAACAUUCGCAUAUCUCGAUUUGGUUAGGUUCCCAGUGACUGGAAUGAAAUUAGAUAUUAACCCACAUGAUCAUGUCUUAACCAUUCCACAUCAAUACAGUGAUAAUAGAAUUAGAAUCGUUGUAAAUCAACAUGGUGCAUCAAAAGAACUUCCAGUGAGUCCAAUACUUCCAAGGGGUUUAUUAUUAGAAGGUGUUUACAAUUGUGAUAAUUGGAGUUCCCUCGGUUACAGUUAUACCGUUAGAAGACCAACUAGAUCGUUCACAAGAGUAACCAUUAGAGUUGCACAUACUGGUAGUGCAUACGCUCCAUUCAUGAGAAUAUUCGUCAAUGGUCUACAAUUAAAUCAUACAACCUCCCAAUUGAAAGAUAUGAAUUUCUAUAAUGGUUCCUCGCAAUCAGUUUAUUUGUCUGCUACCUUUGCCUUUAAUGGUCCAACCUUUGAAUUCAAUUUUAGAUUCGAUGGAAGAAUGCAAAAUGAAUUUUCAAAUCACUCAAUCAUUGAAUUUGAAUAA